CACGUGUGCGACCCGGCGGGUCCGCCGCCGCGCGGGCACCUGUCGUGUGAGUAGCCCGGGCGUGGCUGCGCCCGCACGCGCGGCUCCGGGCGAUUUCCCUCCAGGGCCUAGCACCUCCCUCAGCUCGGGGCGAAGGAGAAGUUUAACGGGGCCGGGACUGAGCAGAUCCGGGGAGUACCAGAGCGGCGGCUGGGCCGAGAGGGUGGGAACCGCCACCUCUUCGACCGUUUCCGAAAGACCGGCGUGACAGAGGUGGCCCUGAAAAGUCUAGAGAGCCCGGGCCGUGAGGUCACCGAGUGAGUGACGCGGGGCACAGCCCGGCCCGUUCGUGCACCAGAGGGAUGCUAGCGCUUAGGAAGGCAAGGAGGAAGCUCAGGAUGGGGACCAUUUGCUCCCCCAACCCCAGCGGGACAAAGACGGCGUCGGAAGUCUGCAAUGCCGACUGGAUGGCCUCGCUGCCCCCUCACCUGCACCGCGUCCCCCUUUCCAAUCUGGCGAUCCCAGUUGUUUUUCAGAUGGUGUCCUUCCUUAAUAAUGGGUAGUAGGAUGUUUGACCCUGUUCUUUUGGCCAAGAACUCUUCCAAGUGCUUACAUGACGUGACUGGUCCUCACAGCAGACCCGUGAAGUUGGAACCAGUGCUAUCACUGUUCUGUAAGAGGCAGCUCGGUCCCUUAGCUGGCUCCCAUGAUUCAUUCAGCUACUGGGUAGAUGAAAAGUCCCCAGUUGGGCCCGACCAGACCCCAGCUAUCAAACGCCUGGCCAGGAUCUCCUUGGUGAAGAAGCUCAUGAAGAAAUGGUCUGUGACUCAGAACCUCACCUUCCGGGAGCAGCUAGAAGCUGGAAUCCGCUACUUUGACUUGCGUGUGUCUUCUAAACCAGGGGCCACUGAUCAGGAGAUCUACUUCAUCCAUGGGCUUUUUGGGAUCAAGGUCUGGGAUGGGCUGAUGGAGAUCGACUCAUUCCUUGCACAGCACCCCCAAGAGAUCGUCUUCCUGGAUUUCAAUCACUUCUAUGCCAUGGAUGAGGCCCAUCACAAGCGCCUGAUUCUCCAGAUCCAGGAGGCAUUUGGAAACAAGCUGUGUCCAGCCUGCAGUGUGGAAAGUCUGACCCUGCAAACCCUGUGGGAGAAGAAGUGCCAGGUCCUUAUUUUCUACCACUGUCCCUUGUACAAGCAGUAUUCUUUCCUGUGGCCCGGAAAGAAAAUUCCAGCACCCUGGGCAAAUACCACCAGUGUUCGCAAACUGAUCCUCUUCCUGGAGACCACGCUGAGCGAGCGAGCCCCGCGCGGCUCCUUCCACGUCUCCCAGGCCAUCCUCACGCCCCGAGUGAAGACCAUCGCCAGGGGCCUGGUUGGCGGCCUCAAGAACACCCUGGUUCACAGAAAUCUUCCCGCAAUCCUAGACUGGGUGAAAAUUCAGAAGCCUGGAGCCAUGGGUGUCAACAUCAUCACGUCUGACUUCGUGGACCUGGUGGACUUUGCCACAACUGUUAUUGAGUUGAAUGACCUUCUACAAGCGGACAGAUCACUGGCUAAAUGCUGAUUUAGUUUUUUGUUUAACUUGACGUUGACGUUGUUGGUUCAGGGUAGAGUUCUGAAGGGUUUCCUGUUAGGAUGGCCCCUAGGCACUGAUGGUAAAGUGAAUAAGGAGGAUAAGGGCUUUUUCUUUUCCUUCCUCACAGGGCCAUUCGGAUAAAAUUGCAGGGCUCUUAAUUGCAUUUUUCCCAAAUGAGACUUUUAAAAAAAACCUUUUAAGUCCAAGGGAAGAAAGCACGUUUUGUGUGAUCAAGGUCAGAAUCUCCCCAGUGGCUUGCAUUGGUGAAUGGAAUAUGAAAGUAGGUUCUCUUAAGUUCCUCUGAUUGGCCUAGUUUCCUACCGUUUUCCAGAGUCUUGAGUUCGAGCCAUGGCAGUGCUGAACUAGAAAGGCAUUCCUGGUCCAAAGUCUGGCUUAUGCGGCAGUGCACUGCCUUGCCUGGUACCGCUGACUUCAGCCUGCGGGUCUGGGGGAGGCCCAGCCGCAGCUCUCUCUAGGGCUCUUAGAUGUCACCACCUCUUGUCUGAGACUUGACUCUCAAGUGAGACUUUUUAGCACCAAGGUGGUUCAGCCACAGGCUGUUCGCGCACCACUUGUGUACGUAACUGAUCACCUUAAUCUUCAGAUAAUCAGUACCACUGCCCCUUGGUAUCGGAACAUGUUCUCACUUUCACAACCUAGAUCCAUUUUCUGUUUCUUUCGGUCCCUUCUUAAAAGUGAAAAGAACAAUGACAGCAGAUCUUUUCACUCUGGGGCCCAGCAAAAGACAGACAUGGAUGUUUGCUGCAUGCCAGGUUCCUUCGAUCUAAUUCUGUAGCUCUUCCCAAAAUGGCUGCCAGGUGAGCACCUGCGUCAUUUUGGCCAAGACCGCUUUGGAGCAGGGUCUUCCAGCCAGAUCUUGGAAUUGCAUUUCAUUGUCGCCCGGGACACAGUGCUAAGUAGCAGACACCUUGUCCAUGACACCAUGGAAGCUGUCAUGGGGCGUGUGGGCAAGGGCAACGGCAUUAAAGGAGGAAGCUCCAGGUGGCGUUGGAGCCACUCUGUCACUCCUUGAAAACAAGACUACCUCGGGACACUUAGGGUGACCUGCGUGUCACCAAGUGAGAAAUACAGUGUUGGAACGUUUCCAGUUCUUGUCUUGAUUGUUCUGCCUUCUGAGGGUUGUUCUGAGCCUCCUUAUCACUACUGCAUGCAGGUUUUGAAACUCAAGGGGGGAUUUCUUUUUCAUUGAGGUGCUUGUCUAUAAGGAGCCCUCUUGUAUUUCAGUUUAUUUAUUUAUAUAUAUGCUUAUUUAUUUAUUUGUAGUUAGUAUUUGCAGUGCUUCUUACGUCCGGAGCAUUCACAGAGAAGCUUCAUUGACCUUUUCUUGCCCAGGACAGAUUCGACCAUGGUCUUCCUCCCCUCCGCAGGACUGCACAGCCCAGGCUGUGAAUGACCUUGGACUCUACUCUGAAUGCCCCGCCCCGCCCCCGGGCUGCUGAGAACGCUGUUCGGAUGUGGUCCACAUUCAGCAAGCCGUUGCCAAGCCCUGCCCUGGGACAGAAGAUGAAAUGGGUCUGAAGAACUCUUCAGUUCUACCGUAGACUCUGCAGAAUCCUGGAAAGAAGGAGCUAGAAAUAAAACUGGGCAUGGGGAUGUGGACAACUUGAGGCUGCUCCACACUGUCAGAGAAUCCCUAAGGAAGUGUCAGCUUCUGGGUUCUUAAGGAAGAAAUAAAAACCUGGAAUCCCGAGUGGAACUGUGCGUUUAUAGAGACCACCGGAUCCUUCCCCCCGUGGUUUCUUGUGUGCAAUCCCUGGUUGUGUACCAGCUGUACAGCUUGUUGUCUCCCAUGGGGAGUGUCUUAGGUGAGCUAUAAAAGCACAUGCAUGGCCCCCCACUACUGGUCUUCUAGCCUUUGCUUUCUGUAAAGUCAUUGAAGCCCUGACUUUUUACUUCCAUAGCUCAAGGAAGUCACAACACAAAUGCCUCUGGGAAAAUCUGGUUUAACUUGCGCUGUUCUUGUAUUUGAACUCCUCCGCAAAGAGGUUUCUGGAAGGAUAAUGUCAAAUUCGGUAGGACCUUCUGUGAAUAGCAAUGGGAAAGGGAGUACUCUUACUUUCUCAGUUUUCCUUCCAUUCUGAUAUUAAACCUUAGUGACAAGCUCUGGAAUCCCUGGCCUACCCUCAGGGUUUUAUUUUUGUUCUUACUGUUUCAUUUUGGUUUUGUUUUGAAAUUCUGGGUCGAUUCCCAGGGACUAGAUCGUCUCCCUCUUAACCCCUUGGUACUUGGCAAAGAGAAGGAGGCAAGAGAAUUCUACUUCUCUGUUUUAUUUGCGCCUCGGCUUUGUCCUGAUGCUCGGUGCUAUGAGGCCAGGUGUGUAGGCAGGUGUCUGCACAGGGUCCCGGUGACGCCCGGUGGCUGCUGACUGUUCAGUGAAAUGUUUACUUGAUUUUCUUCCUUAGAUUUUAAAUAUGUAGUUGCACCUCACUUGGAUUGUGGCAUUUAAGUGUGCCUCAGUGUCGGCAUCCUAAGAGAAAAGUCACCCAGAGUGACACCGAGGCACGAAGGCUUCCAGGGUCGCGUGCGUGGAGCCCUGCUCUGCGCAGUGAGUGGGGGCACCCACCUCCUCGUGCUGCUUUGGGUGGUCAGCAGUGCUGGGAUUUCAAGUCUGCACAGGAGUCCUGGGAAGUAGAGGAGGAUUGUUUACAGUUUUCUCCAAAACAAAAACACUUGAAUCUCUGUUCCAAGGAAAAGCCUCCCCAUACUGUAAAGAAUGUGUACUUUCUGCUCUUUAACCGUGAGACCAAGCAGGAGAACUGAGGCACACAGCUCAGAGAGAAAACAGACUUUAGGUUAAAGAGUCAUUCCGCAGCCGCCAACGGUAAGAAUGAUGACGCAACCACGUCUCACAAGUUCCCACAAGUUCUAGGGAUUUUUUUGGAUCAAAACAGUGGCUGUCACCCUUGCUCAGAAUUAACUUCAAGAGCAUGUGACGGAGCCAGUUUUGCAGAAUGUGUGAUUGCCUUUGUUCUGAAAUACUACUGAGUUUUUGUGAGCUCCCGGACCACUCCAGCAUGGGCAUGUCUCCGUAAUUUUGUGGCAAAGGGACCAUAACUGGCGUCGAGGAAGUGAAAAUGGUGUUUCAGGGUUUGGAUUCUGAUCCUGUGAGAGGUGCCGUGUAUUGUCGUGGGUAGAGAAGAUCUUAUUUGGACUGGAAAGAGGUCAGGGUGGACCUCAUGGAAUGUAAUCAUGAAUGACUGAGGGUCAUAGUAUUUUAUAGGAAUGGCACGUUUAAGAGGACAGUGCAAAAAAUGUAUUUGCUGCAUUAGAUUUGAUAGUAGUUGCUGAGUUAUUUUCCUUAGUGUUGAGUCUAGACCCCUGAAGUUUGAGAAGCCACACUUGAAACCCAGGAUUUUAUAUAAAUCCAAAGAAAAGCACAAGAUCUGAGUCUAGGUAACGAUGAAGCUUACAAAUCUUUGUUCUUCUUCCAGGACUUCAUAUUCCCAUAAAAACCAUUUCUGUUUCUAAGACAAUAUACUGUAGCAUUCUGAAAUUAAACGAAGCUUUCUGGUGUAUCGGGAUUUCCAUCUCUGGUUUUCUUAAUCUGACCGUUAUAGAAUGCUCCCAAAGAGAUGUGAUUCUAACCCAGCAAGAAUGCAUAAGCGAAAGCUCGUGGUGGUAACACAGAAAAAAUUUAGGCUGAAAUGGAAUAUUUCUUCUUCCUGGGAAGCAAAAGGGCUAUACAAAACCGGGCCAUCACAGACUGAGCUUGUUCGGGCCACGGCUGAAGCUUCCUAAGGUUUUGCUCAGCACUAGCGAGUGGGGCAUGGCCUGGAGACUCCCUUCCCCUUCGCUGAGCCUGUGAUCCUGUGCGUAGGCAUCCUUAGUUCUUUCCUUCUCAGUAAAGAGACUGCACGCUACUUCAGGGCUGAGUGCUUCGCAAACCCCAGUUGACUAGCACGAAACGUAAGGUCCCUAAUGUUUAGAUUGUAUGUUUCAUGUUCAAGGGCUGCACAGUUGUAAUUCUUCCUUCCGGGCAUGUAUGUGGAGAAUGCUGUCCGGGCUCAUUUCCCGAAAGUGUGGUGUAAGUUCACAAAACUUGACUGGGUGUGGUAUCUUAUCUGCACUGUACGAUGAAAUAUGCAGGCUGAAAGAGAUCUACCACCAUGUUUGUUCCUGGGUUCCUGAGAUGUGUGCUUUCCCAAUACAUGCUAAAUAGCCUUGUAGUGGCAAAGGGAAACAAAUACAAAUUAAUACCAUCAAAUAUGCCAAUGGGCAGGAAGUUCUGUGGUACGGUGUAGAAGAGCGUGGUUGUCGCUCUAAUUCUGCUGAUGUUCUAGUACGUCUUGGCCCCCUGCCUCGGGCUGUUCCCUGGUAUUUGCCACCGUAGCUUUGUGGCUCAGAGAUGUUUCCUUGGGACACUCAGGAGCGAACGGAUGAAAUGACAGGUGGUUUACCGAGAAGCUACCCUUAAUUCCAGAUGAUUCUGAAUAGCUCUUUACUGCCCCAUGAGAACCACUGUCUCCUUAGCCUUGUAAGACUCCCCAAGCGUCCUGCUAGAAACAGUGACCUGGAAAAUACACUACAAAAUGUUUCUGACCUUCUUAAAAUUCCACAGUCGUACACUGUAAAAACAUUCUAAUACUACCCUGCUUUAAGCAUAUAGUAUUUUAGCAUCUUUGUAGUAUUUUAGUGUCUUCUCCAACAAAACUCGUUCUUAGAACCUUUCAAAUUCUUUUUCCUUGUUUUCUUUUUCUCUGUGGUGCUGGAGACCGAACCCAGGGCCUUGUGCAUACAAGGCAAGAAGAGCUCUGUCACUGAACCACAUCCCCAACCCUCAAAUUCAUUUCUAAGCCAGAUAAUUUAGAUAAAAUGUUGCCCUUUUCUGGGAAUCAAUCCCACAGCCCACUGAGGCAACCCCAUCUCUGGUCUGGAGACAUUUCCUGUGUGUCCUUCCCGUCUUCUCGUUGGCCACUUUCUUCUAUCUUUUAGCCGUCCUCCAUCCCCGGCUAAUUACUGUAAAGCACAGUAUGCCAGCAGAAGACAUGGGCUUUAGGUGAUACCCAGCACACUCUAUCACAGUGGUUGCUUCCUGGUCUUCUCAAGUGCAUAUUCUGCUCCUCACUCCCACCCAGUCGUUAGAACUAUACUUGAUUGGAACCCGGAACUUAGGAUCAAUACUUAGAUCAAAUAGCACAGGCUUGCUCACACAGCACUUUGAACAAUCAAAUACAGGCCUUCAGUAGCUCUGUACAUUUGCAAUUUUACAUUCGUUAUUAGUUCAUAGCACUAAUAACAUUUCAGUUAUGAAUCUUCAGCAUCAGUAUGGUAUAUUAUAAAACAUAUUCAGAAAUAAUAUUGCUGCUAUUAUACUAAUUUACACCACAAUUUUAAAUAUUAAAUAUGAUUGUGUAUGCAGUAUUUGUAUUGUGUAUAUGCCAGCUUCUUAAUGCUUAACUUCCCUGAUCAACUAUUUUAAAAAUACAGAAAUUGUAGUGAAAAUAAGUCUUGGUCAAAUCAGAUAAUUUAUAUAUCUGAUAAAUGCUCUCAGAAGUGUUACAUUUUGUCCUCUAUUACUCAUUUUCCACUAGAGUGCAUGUUUGCUAAAUUAAAAUAACAAAUGAUAUCCAUUUUAAGGUUAGGAUAAAAAUGUUGCAUAUGUGCUGCUGGAAACUCUUAAAAAUGUAUUUUGUGGCUUAAUUCUUAUCUGCACACAUUUCAUUUGGCUUUUUUCUCUCUAGGAUAUGAGUAUUCAAAUAUCUCUCGUCUCUCCUAUAACCUCAGUUAAACUGCUUAGUUUACCUAGAACAUUGUAAAGCCAAAUACCUCAUUUUAACUGAGAAAAGAUGUGAAUGUGUAUCAUGACAUGAUGUGUUUUCUUGUGUUUGAUUUGAACUGCUUAAAUGGACUUCAACCUAAUAAUAAAUGUAAAACUUUGACUGCA